AUGUGCGAAGCGUGGAUUGCCGAGGAAGCCUGGACUUUACCAAGUGGUAUGUGCGAAUUUAAACGAGGCUAUGACGAUCUACGAUAUGACGCAACGACAAUCAAUGCAAGUUCACCGGAAACAUGUACCUAUCUGCUGAAAUGUGCUUUAACCAAUGGUUUUGAACGUGAUUGUCCAUGUAAUGGGACCGUAUCUUGCAAAGAUAUCAUGCUUUUACUGUGUGAUGAUCCACAAAUGAUUCCAUAUCCAAAUUUGGGACUGAUUCGACCAUAUAUCUUUUUCUUCUAUGCUGCGCAAGACAAGUAUCUUGAUAAGACACCCACGAAAAUUGUACUGUCUGGGAGCAUUCAAUGUCGUGGAUAUCGAGUAGAAGCCUCUUUCACCAAGAAAAUUGUUUAUCUUGAUUACAAUAUCACAUUUGUCAGAAACGGCAAUAAAGACCUAUUAUUCUGUGCAAACCGUUUCGUCACACGAAAUACAUCGGCUCUUAUAAAAUUCUUUCCUGUUAAUUGUUGGAACGAUUCGAAUACAUUUUCUGGACAAUCAUACUAUUCUGCCAAUGUGUGCUCAGAGUCACACAUGUGUAUCUCUCCAUAUCGUAUAAAUGAUGGAAACGCUGAUUGUCUACUGGCUGAAGACGAAAACAGGACUACUUUAGUUAGUUCAUGUAUAAAAUUACAACAGUAUCGUUUUCAGUGUUCAUCUACUCAGCUAUCAUGUCUUCUUGCACCGAAACUGACUGAUAAAGUUGCAGACUGCAAAAAUAUAUUCGAUGUAUACGUGUUUGGAAAUGGUACAUUGCUUCGUAAUAUUCUGUGCAAUCGUCGAAAUGAUGAUGGUUGUCGAUUUUUGAGAACGUAUAUUGCAGAGUCAUCUAUGAAUAAGACAAUUAAAUUCGGUGAUCAAUAUCUGAGCAAAAAAAUUACUCAUCAUGCUUAUUGUAAUAGUCACUGGGAUUCAAAUCCACCUGUGGACGAACAUUCAGCAUUUUGUAAGGAAUGGAUAUGCUCGAAAGGGUCAUUUCGAUGUAAAUCGAACCAAUGCAUUCCUGUAGUAUGGACAUGUGAUGGUGAAUGGGAUUGUAGUGAUGCAAGCGAUGAACAAGGUAUUUUUGUGUAUGAAUAUAUAUGGGAUCGUAAUCAAGCUAUUCGAAAUCUAAGUCAGAUAAUUUAUUCUUGCGUGACACGAUACAAAACGCAGCCAUUCUCUGACAUUUGCAAUGUUUCACUAGAAUUUCCAUGCUUAUUAGCCAAUGCAACGAAUCCUACUGAUGUCGGUAGAAAUCGGCCAUGUAUUAGUUUAAAAUUGAUCGGAGAUGGUGUUGAUCACUGCUAUGGUGGUUUAGACGAAAGAAAUACAGCUUACGGGUGCAUAGGUAAAAUGAAAGGAUUUGAUUUUCACUGCACUCAUCACUCAGUUUGCAUCUAUUACCUAUGGAUAUGCUCCGAGCGCUGUCCCAAUGAAGAAGAUGAUCGUCAUUUAUGUUUUCACAGAUCUACAAAUGUCUCAUGCAACGGUGCGUCUGAUGUCAUAUGUUUCAAUGGCGAAUGCAUUCACAAUGCUCGCUGCAACGGAACAAACGACUGUGAACAUGGGGAAGACGAAUAUUGGUGUCCAUUUAAUGGAGAUCGAAUCGGAUAUCGCAUGGGUAAACACGAGCAACAAAAAACGGCACGUAAAAUAAGCUGGAUAUCUUUUCCCUUCAAGGUCAAUGAAGUGCCGUUGGCGUCGAAAAAAUUAAAAGGUAUCGUCAAUGCAAAUAAAAAGUCGAUUGUCGAUCGAGAUGAAAUGAGUAGUGCGUUCAUAUGUAAUCGAGGUUUGGCUGUACGAAUGAAUACACAUAUUCGAUGCCUUUGUUCUGGAACAUACUACGGAAACCGAUGUCAAUAUUUUAGCGAUCGUAUUUCAAUCAUCACACACCUUAAUUUUACUCAUACUGAUUAUGAACAGUCAACUAAAGAAAGUAUCAUCAUUAAAGUUAUUGCUUUUUUUCUAUUCGAAGACAACAAAGUAAUCGAUUCUUUCGAAUUCAAUGUCAUACCAACAUUUGAACAAAUAUAUUAUACAAAGCACAAGUUUCAAUUAGUAUAUUCGCGUUCAGAACAAUUAUUAAAGCACAAACAAAAACGUUAUUUCAAUCGAACAGAUAUAGUUAACAACCAUCCAUAUUCGGUGCGCUUUGAAGCAUUCGAAUUGACACCAAACGAUAUCAAAGUAAUCGCUGUAUGGAACUAUUUGAUUUAUUUCGAUUACCUACCUUCAUUUCGACUGGCUAUUCCUCUACGAUUUCCAGAAACAUACCUAAAUCGAACUCAUAAUCAUUGUGUCAAUGUUACAUGCAAUUCAAAUUCUAUUUGUGUAGCGUUCUUUAACAAUCAGGAAUGGACACAUUCUUGCUCCUGUAAGCAUGGCUUCUAUGGACAUGACUGUAAAUUAUUCGAUAACAAUUGCUCGAAAUAUUGUUCGAUCGAAUCGAUCUGUAGGCCAAAUGCACGUCCUCUAUUGUCAAGUAACAAAGAACCAAUGUGCAUUUGUCCAUACAAUCGAUUUGGCUCUAGAUGUAAUUUGAAAUAUGACGCAUGCCAAUCAGAUCCUUGUCACCAUAAUGGAACGUGUUAUCAUACAUUUGAUCCUACUGAAAUACAUCAAUUCAUAUGCAUUUGCCAUGAACAUUUCUAUGGUGACUUAUGUCAGUACGAGAAAAGUUCAAUCAAUAUUCAAUUGUCAACUUCGUCAUUACCAAGUAACACUCUCGCAUCUGUUGUUCAAUAUUACGAUGUUGAUAAUAGUACUUUUGAGCUCAUUCUUCGUCAACAACAACUGUUUUUUGGAAUUUCAACGCAUCUACAUUUUCGACAUGCACAAGUUGAAGCUCCUGUUCUUGGUAUUCUCAAGCUUCAUGUUAGUUUGACAAGUACUAAUUAUUACAUUCUUUAUAUUCAACCAAAUAUAUCUGUAAUUCAUAUUACUUCAAAGCCUGAACAUUGUCUGCACACUUCGUCAUUAAUCCAAACUAAUAGUAAGAGUCGAAAUAUCAUUAUUGUUUUUUUCCGAAAUACGAUCUGAAAGAUUUUUGAAAGUGUAUGGGACUGAAAUUUGGACCCGCACUCCUACCCCCAAUUACAAAUUGUGAUAGCGAUCCCUUUCCAUCCUUUCCUGGCCACUGACCAUGACAGACACCUUCCAGCAACUAUCGAUAAUCAUGUGCAAAUGAAAUCUAGUUCUCUAUAUAUGAAAUAUUUACUUGUUGAAAUUCUAUUCUGUACAGAAAGCAAUAAUGGAGAAAUAUGUCUUAGCAUACAUAAUAAGAGCAUUUUAAUCUCGUAGAGAUUGUAUUGACAGUUUUUUAAUUCUAGAUGAUGAUGUACCACUUGUCUUCAAGUAUCAUCAGAUCUGCCGAAAUAAUUUAUCCCUCUUAUGCUUUUAUGAUUCAACUUAUCUGUGCUUGUGUCAGAGUCACCAAGUGCAAGCUGAUUGUUUUAAUUUUGAUCCUUUACUCGAUCAAUGUGACUCUUGUUUGUCAGAUGGAAAAUGUGUUCGAGGUGACCAUCAAAAUUCCAAUGACUUCAUUUGUUUGUGUCCUUAUUGUUACAGCGGUCGCCUGUGCGAAUUCAAUAUGCAACCUUUUACACUUACUUUGGAUUCACUAUUAGCAUUCCAUCGACUUUCUGUGCAGCUUGUGUAUAUCAUUGUAGUUUUUAUUAUUUUUAUUAUUGGUUUUUUCAAUAAUGGUCUAUCAUUUAUUACGUUUCGACGUCCAAAGCCACGUAAGCUAAGUGUCGGCAAUUGGCUAUUUGUUGUUAUUAUUCUGAAUCAAUGUGCCUUGCUCACUCAUCUUAUGAAAUUCAUUCAAAUUUUUUUGGGAUCGUCGCUUGGAUGGUCUAAUAAUGUAUCAUGCAAGGUAAUAAACUACUUUUUGGCGGUAUUCACACGUACCACCUAUUGGUUUACAAG